GUUUGGAUUCGUAGAACGUCAUUAAUAAUUGCUAACGCCAAUUUCAACAUCCUGCAACUAGCAGAAAGGAUAAAGGUAUGAUCCUUUUACGUGCACUUAUUGGAGUUGGUACACUCUUGGUUCUGGGUGUGGAUUUCACGAACUCUCAACGAAUUCCCAGUCCUGCUCCAAACACAGAAUACAGUCCUGUUCCAUGGCCAGAACCUAGUCCAGGUCCAAGGCCAGAAUAUAGUCCUGUUUCUUGGCCAGAACCUAGUCCAGCUCCGAAGCCAGAUACUACUCCAGCUCCAAAGCCAGAUACUACUACAGCUCCAAAGCCAGAUACUACUACAGCUCCAAAGCCAGAUACUACUACAGCUCCAAAGCCAGAUACUACUCCAGCUCCAAAGCCAGAUACUACUACAGCUCCAAAGCCAGAUACUACUACAGCUCCAAAGCCAGAUACUACACGAGGUCCAAAGCCAGAUACUAGUUCCGGUCCAAAGCCAAAUACUACUACGGGUUCAAAUCCAGAGAAGCAGACUGGAGGCUUAAAUGCAGGAUUUGUAGUGCUAAUAGCGGUUGUAGUUGUGGUGGCUGCUGCCAUUCCUGCGGCGUUGUUAAUUCGCAAGAGAAGGAAAAGCCGUGCGAAUCGCAAAGACGAUACAGUGCCGUUGGACGAAAAUGAGAGCGCACAAGUGAAAGAUUUUUGAUAAAACUGUCUUUACUUACAUGGAAAUUAGAUAACUCUAAUGAGACAAGAAAAAGGUAAUUUGACAGCACUGAUUAGACAGAAGAGGAAAACACGAACAAGAACCCUGUCUACAAAAUGUUGAACAAAUGAAGCAAAAAACGUUUAUAUUUACAA